CUGCGAAGGAUUAAUAGCACAGUCUAUCAGAGAAUAUCAAGACGCUGUCAACACCGUAGCGUUUGAUGGAUCAUGUAGCUACUUAUAUUUCCUGACCUGAUGAAAUUUUGAAAUAUUAUAGCUCCUUAGACAGUAACUAUGCAUAUAAAUGAUAAAUCACCAUGGAAACCCAACACGAAGUCAGCCAAUUUUUCCCUAAGCCCCUCCCAAAUAUCGUGGUCACAGACGAACAGAAUAAUCUGACGAUAUUUGACCGUAAUGCUGGAACGGUUCAGCGUCCAUGCUGUUCGCAUGUUGCAAAGGGUGUGGCGGAGAGACUGUGCAAAGUCUGUAAUGUAGGGCAGCCAAUGGGCUUGCUGCAGACAAAGAAACGUGAACGAGACGAGAAUGAAGAGAACAACCACGAAGACGGUAGUAAUAUCGCAACAAAAAUGCCAAAAACCGAUGGUGGAGCGAAUCCACAUCGGGAGGUGACAGGGUUCAACAAUAUCAAUGUUAAAGAUAGCAAGGUGACGAAAAAAUGUUUAGACUCGGUCGAUAUGUGCGACAAAGUAAGUACACCGACUGACCUCACAACUUCGGGUACUGCACCCCAAACAGUUGACAGUAACGCAGAUGUCACUGUGGUGGACGCUCUUAACAAAAUUCAGGAUCCUAAACUCGGUGAGACAGAGAAAGUAGUUAAAGAAGACGGGAAUACACGAAUGAUGAAAGCGCUGGCUAAACUUAACGAAAUGAUGGAGUACAGUAACCGAGGGUGCAAAGAUCUGAUAAAAUCCAUUGGUGAUUGUUACUGGGACUAUCCAGAUGAACGAGAAGAACUCGCUGACUUAUUUCGGGAGAGGAAUGGGGCAGCGCUGUGUGUGAAAAUGAUCAACAAUUUAUCUCGUCAAGGUCUAUUCAAGACGAAUGGAGCGUGGUUUACAGCGUACUACGUCUACACACUGUGUUGGAAUUUUAGUGACGUUAGUCUGGCACUGUGUAAGAGUUACGGUGAGAACGGCAUGAUACGAAUCUGUCUAACGAACGUGGCGCACCAACCAUAUCAACUCAACUUGAAACAAAAGAAUAUAAUGUACCUUGUUAAGUCAUCACUCAAUAUCCUUCACAAUAUGGCCAAGGAACCCAGCAUUAGACAUUAUUUCCGUCAAGAGAAGGCUGUGGAUAAAAUAAAGUACUAUACACAAUGUGAUGCAUAUUUGAAGGCUCUAGCUAUGAUGACUUUAGCGUAUAUUAUUGAAGAGCAUGAAAACCAUGUCAUUACUGAUCAAGCCAGUAAUGGCGGUGAUGAACCAGAUGCGGUUAGAAUCGGAAAAGGUGCCAUUGAGUUUAUUGCCAAGUUGCUGCGAGACGCUCUGUGUUCGCCGACUGGUAGAGCCGAGGGGUUCUCAUCUAUGGAGUUAGCACAAGGGUUAGGACACCUUGCAGUCAAUGAUAGCAACAAAACUAAGAUUGAUGCAGCAGGGGCAUUGCCGCUAUUAGUUGAGAUGUUGAAGCGUGUGGAGCCGUUAGAGCAGGUUGCCGCGGCCAACGCCCUCUGGAAUCUCACGUUUGAUGACACAGUACGAAUGAAGAUAAAAGACAAUGGAGACUGCAUCCUAGCCUUGCAGCAACUCAGCAGAACAGGAAGUGAUAAAGUUAAGACAGCUGCCAAUGGUGCAUUGUGGGUCAUUGGACGUGAUGAUCGACCACCAACAAGACGUUACAACAGUCGAAGUGGUAAAUUCAUUCAACCUCACGUGAUGAUUAGUUAUCAAUGGGGGUCACAGGAAACAGUUCUGAAAAUAGCAACAGACUUAAAGGAAGCAGGUUACAACGUUUGGAUAGACGUUGAAUACAUGGGUGGGUCUACGCUGGAAGCCAUGGCCGAAGCAGUAGAGCAUGCUGCAGUGGUCCUUGUUUGUGCUGCACAGAAAUACAAAGAAAGUCCAAAUUGUAGAACAGAGGCUGAAUACACAUAUCAACUACACAAAGACGUUGUGCCGCUGUUGAUGGAGUCGUACUACAAACCUGAUGGUUGGUUAGGAAUGCUGAUGGGAGUGAAACUUUACAUUGACUUCUCUGGUGUCUACACUUAUGAAGAUCAGAUCAAGAAGCUCAUCAAAGAGUUAGGAGAGAGAGGGAAGAAGGUCAUGUCAAUGGAAGAAGUGAUGCCUGGAGUCUGUGUUGAAAAUAAAACAUUUCUCGAUCCUAACUGGUAUGAAAAUUUCACUUGUGGAAGCUUGUGUAUUGCCGAUUUGGACUGCCCCAGUGAUGAGAUUUGUUGCCAUAACGACGAUGAGUGUGCAAAAAUUAUUGAAGGUUAUUACAGUCCAGUUGACAUCAAUCGAAAUCUUGGUGAAUGUCCACGUGAUGUUUCGGAUUUAGCAUUCUAUAAUUGCAAACAACUUUGUCAUCCUGAGAACGAAACCGAUGACUGCUAUUAUUAUCAAAAGUGUUGCUUCACAGGUGAUUGUUUUGAAUGUGUGGGGGCCAUGACACCUUGCAAAAUUGCAGGAUGCUACACUUUCCAACGUAGCGACUAUCUUCGUAUUAAUGGACGUCAGUGUGUUUGCCAUGGCAACGGUGAAAUUGAAUGUACGAAUAGUUGCUGUGAUGAUAACAAUACCAUUAAUGACAUAAAGAUUGUUAGCAAAGAAGAAAUUGAUACAAGUGAUGAUCUUGAUGAGUAUCCUGAAGAUAUCAUCAAGGCCGCAAUAGAAGCACUGGACGAGGAAAUGAAAGAUAAACUGAGCAAUAAAAAACUCUAA